UUACACUAUACAUGCUAACAUUUGCGCCGGCCAUUAUUCAUAGAACACAACGCCGCUUGUGAACUUAACAAAAGGGCCGAUAAUUUGUUAAGUACAAGUUUAAACUAAAAAAUAGUGCUCUACGUUAAAUAGUUAACAGUGAAUCUCCUUUAAUUUAAAUUUAAUAUUCAAGAAUUAGCACAAUGAGCGACGAGAAAAAGGGUAACGAAGCUGAACAGAUCAACGUGAAAGUUUUGGGACAAGACAAUACUGUUGUACAAUUUAAAAUCAAGAAACACACACCUCUUAGGAAACUUAUGAAUGUAUACUGUGACCGUGCUGGUUUGAGCAUGGGUGUUGUGCGUUUUCGAUUUGAUGGUAACCCAAUAAAUGAGACAGAUACUCCUACUUCGUUGGAAAUGGAAGAAGGAGACACAAUUGAAGUAUAUCAACAGCAGACUGGUGGUACAUAUUGUUAAGAUUAUUUCUAAUACAUGUUCCUGUUAAAUGUAGCAUCGGUGCACCAUGCACACUGCUGCUCUAACAAGAACAACAACACAAUAUGUAAAAAAGAAUAACAUAUAAGUAACUUUACUUU